ACUGCUGCUCUUGAACGCAGCUCGCUUUCUCCGAGCGCAGCCCCUUGUUGCUAAGCAACCUGCACAGAAGAUUGACAGCGACUUCAGUUGAUUAAUGGGGACAAAACUUUAAUAAUGAGCAACUUUCUAGCGGGCAGGUGCAGCGCUGAAACACGGAGGGACGACGACUCACUCCAGGUCAACUAACAGAGAGGUGGCUGCCAAAAGUUUAUUAAUGCAAGGCGGUGAAAAUUAGCGUGACACUUACUGUUAUUCCCGUUUGGAGAAAUUUCAGCAAUGCCAGACGUUGAACCCCUCAGAUUCCCAUCCAGGGAAGGACGACCGAGUCAGCAAGAUCAAGCAGAUCUCGAAACCGUCUGCACUGGUAGACGUCGCACAUGUGCUCUGCUCAACAGUCCCUCACCGUGUGUCAAUAGUGCUAUUACCCAUAUCCAAGAGAUGAAGCUGACAGUGGAAAAUUGGUAUCAACAGUCUGGAAAAUACCAAUCACAGAUCGAUCAGGACAAGCACCAAUACAACAAAACUUUAAGAUUUCAGUCCAGAGACUCAGAUCCUGAAUCCGUGAUGUCUACAGAGCUGUAUGUUGAAGGCUUUGCAAUUAGUGCAAGAGAAAGCUGUCCAUUAUCGCCACUACUGAAGAAAAUAAAUGAUGUCAUUGGUGAGGUUGUGUAUCUGAUUGAGCGCUUGGAGGCUGACCGGCAAUAUGCAGAGGAAGCUCUCCACAAGGAGAAGAGAAGAAAAAGAUUUCUGGAGAACAAAGUUUACAGUAUUUCACUGUGGAAGCAAAAAGAGCACGCUUUAGUUGUCCAAAAAGAGCAUGAGGCUUGCAUUAGAGACAUCACUGAAUUAAAGUGGCAGCUUAAACUGGAAAGAGAGAAACUUGACCAAGUCCAGGAGAAACUGAUACACACUGAGGUGUUGAACCAGCACUUACAUGAGGAAAUCAACUUUGCCAAAAAACAAAUUCCUUUUGUGAGCGAAAACCUGGAUCUACAGAAAGACAUAAUAAAUCAGAUCAGCACUGCACAAGCAGAGGCUGAUGAAGUUUGCUCAGAGACACAAAGCGAUCUCAUACUGGUUGAGAAGGAGUUAAAAAAUAUGGAGCUUGAUGCCAACAAUAAAAAGAUAUCUUUGGACCAUGUACUGUUGGCGAUGAGGAAUCAGCUGGCAGAGAGAUUGGAAGAUUUGAACCAGCUGAAGAUGCUUGAGAAAGGUCUAUGUGCUGAAAUACAGGAUGCCGAAAAGACCAUUGCUCUUACAGAAGAAAAGUGUGCACUUAUAACUCAGCAUGUCCCUGAAAUGAUGGAGCUUCAGAAAACUGAAAGAGACAGGAUUUCCCAACUGAAUCUUCAAAUUGAGGAUGAAAUGCUAAAGAAUAAGAAAUUGAAGGAAAAAGUAAUUGCACUGCAAGAAGACACUGAGAGAACUAAACUUAAAGGGGAAGCAGAGGUUUCCUGCUUAGAAGAGCAGCUCCGAUCAAAACGUGCAACUUUUACAGCUCUCCGUAAAGAAAACAUGGAGUAUGAAGAGAACGUAGAAGACUACAAGACCAAAAUCUGUGAGAGCGAGAAAGCAGUGAAGCAGAUGUGUGAGGAGAGGAAGCAGAUGCUCCAGAAAAUCACUGACAAUGACGAGCAGUGGGAAAAGGCCAAGGAGGAAGUGACUCAAGUUGUAGCUGAGCACAGUGUCACUCUGACAAAGCUGGAAGAACAGAAGCAGCUUACCUUCAUGGAAGAGAAGAGGGCCAGGAAAGAGAUUGAAAACUUGAGGAAUGAUCUGACAGGUCAGAUGACUGCCCUGGAACUACUAAAGGUUCAGUGUGAAAAUGUCAAUGUAGAAUUGAAACAACAGCAAAGCAGUUCGCAGCAAACUAACCAACAACUUCAGAAAGAAUUUGAAGAUGCAUUCGCAGCAACAAAAGCUCUGGAGACAAAAGUUGAGAAAAUCAGGAAAUUGACAGAAAAUUUGGAACAGAUUCAGUGUGAACACAAGAAAACAUUAGUUAACCUUGAGAAGGAGAAAAAACUCAAACGUGACCACCUGAAAGCUGCUCAGGAUUUACACACUGCCACUCUAAAGAGAUCUGACAACACUCUGGGUAGGAUCAGCAACCUGAUGAGUAAAAGUGAAGAAUACCAGAAGGCUUCAGAUAACAUGGAAAAAAAUCUUGAAAGCAUGCCAGAAGUCAUAGCAGAACUUCAAUGUGUUUUUGAUGUGUUGGAGUUCAAAAACAAAUCAGCUGCCCUCAUAAUGAGCACCUUGCAGUCUGAUAUUAAUAACUGCCAACAACGAACACAGCGUUCCAUGCAGACGCACACUGCUCAUGUUACAGCAAGGAAAAACCAAAUGGAAGACACCAAGAAAGCGCUAAAAAAUGCACUGGAGGAGAACAGACAGCUGGCAAGCAAACAUGAACGUCUUAAGAAGAUCCUCAUGGAGGCCAAACAGGAGUCAGUGUCUGCACUGAGCAAGAAAAACCAUGCACAUAAAUCUUUUCAUUAUUACACUCAGCUCUCUUUGUUGCAGAAGAGGAUGCACAAAGCUUUGGUGAAAUACUUCAAACAACGCAGCCUCUACAGCCAGGCUGAACUGGACCGGUGCCAGGCUCUUUCUCAAGAGACCGACCAGAAAAUAAAAACAGCCCAGGAGGGGUUGUCAGAAGAUAUUCAGCUCAUCUCAGCGCUCCUACAAUCCUUGACAGAUGACUCUACUACUACCAAUGAUGCUGGGUUGAACAAACAAGCCAGUCCAGAUGCUGCUGGAUCGAAUGAGUAGAUGCCUGCAGUUCAAAUAGCAGUGUAAUUGGACAUUCACCUGUACCAGACAACUUACUUACCCUAGCACGCUUCAGUAUUCCCCCCCUCUUUACUUGCAGCAAAUCCAUAACAAUGAAACAGGUGACUUUCAUGCUGCUGUCAGGACUGAUCUAAUUUUAGCUGGGUGAAUGAUUGCAAUUGGCUUUGCCUCAUCAGAUAAUUAAUCUAUGUCACCAUUAAUUGGAAAAGAGAAUAAUUACAGGCAGUGUUGACAGAAAUUCUACGCUUCUCCAGAUUCCAAGAUCUAAUUACAACUAGUGAAACCCCAUGACCUUAACUAGCACUUAGUACACCUUGGCCACCUUGACCAUGCCCAUGUGAAGACCACUGUCUCUUGAAAGACCCUGUUUUUGUUAUCGCACCCCGCUCUCCUCCACUCUCUUCACUCACUGAAAGCUGUCUCCCUCAAUCACUUUUCAAUAUUCAAUCUUAAUUUUGUGGAAGUUUAGCAUUUUCAAUGAGCUGGAGAUGAAUGAUUAAUGAAUAAAUUUAAAUGCUUCAUUUUGUCCAUGGAUCAUUAGUUAAGUCCUUUGUGGGAAGGACCUGAGAAAGGAGUGAAAAUUAUUGAGACAUUAGCCUGGAGCAAUCCAGGGGUAAAUAGUGUGCACAAAAGGAUGUUGUGUGCGCACUAUCCACUGACUUUCUAAAAAACCCUGGGGAAACACUGUUUUCAAUUUGGAAUCUUAACUGAAUCACAUUUAGUACUUGUAGAAAAUUGAUUUUUGUUUCAUCAUGUUUAAACAAUGUCAUACUAAUGGUACACAACACAAUGUCUGCUCCAUAUAGACUUUCAAACUUGUAUAAAUGUUUUUAGAUUUCUAAAAAGAUGCCCUAUAUAUGAUCACAUCUGAUAAACAUAAUAAUUCCCAUAAAAAUGGAAAAUAGGGGAAAAAAAUGGACUCCUUUUCCUUGAAAGUGUGUAACUGCUGUUGUUAAUCUUUGCAGUUUUAGUGAUGUCAAGGCCAGUUCUUUGAGUUUGCUACUUGGAAAUAUUUUACUGGUGUACUUCUGUCUGUGUUGAUAGAGGUGCUGUUGUUUUGUUGAUACAGCAGAUGCCUCCCCUACUAGUGGCGACAGAAGGGGGCAGUAUGGACACAACAACCUUGGAAAGAUCACUGACUGCAACAUGGACUGGUUUUGUAUCUUAACAUACCCAUUACUAAAGCGUUUCAUGUCACACUAAGCACCAAUGCCUAUCAGACAAGUGGAAUAUUAAUUCAUUUAAUAUGACAAAAAUUAUUUAAAAGCUUUAUCGGGUCUUAUAUCUGCAAAAAAGUGUACUUUGGCAAAGUUUUCUUAUGUAGAUUUUGGACUUAUGUUGUUGCAGUCACAAACAUACAAAACAUUCACCAUAAUGAGACUAAUGUGAUGGGCUGCAUGCAAAGCAGUGACAGCACUAGCUCCCCAAAAGCACCUUGAAGAGAAAAAUGUUCAGUCCAUCUCAUAUUCUUUACUGACUGUACGGCAAUAUCUCAAAUGAAAAUGCCUCUCAAACACAUUUAUCUACUCUGCUUGCAUCUAAUCAAUCCCCUAAAUAAAUGAAAGUGAGCCCCAACUAGAUGUCAUCACAUUUAUCUGCAGGCGUGCCUCAAAGUGCACACACCUAAAUGCUGCUACUCUAAAGAGGGUGGACGGAGGAAAUACUAAUGGGAGUAGUUGACAGCUUAGACGCAUCUUCUUCAUGUUUGAUGCUUGUUUCAGUAUGAUGAGGAUAAAAUAUACAGCCCACACCUCGCUGUAUAUCCUGUGAUAUGUCAAAGCUGGUUCAGAAGGGGUUUUUUUUGUAGUUUUGUAUAAAGGCAUAUUUUGCCGGAGACAUGUUGGGAAAAUCUGAUUUACAGGCAGCAUGAUUCUCAAUUUCAGCCUGGCGCCACCAUGCAGACGAUGGGUCCGUUUCAUUUGGAUUCACCUCAGUAAUCACUUCUGAUCACUGAAGUGAAGCCGAGUGAAUCAGAGCAACGUUCUGUCUUCUCAAGCUAACCACAAUUCUGCUUUGAGAUCUUUUUAAAAUCCAGGAAAACGGAGGUGUCCUCUCAAACCGUCCUGUCUUUGUCCAUGAGAAAGUGGAGAGUUGAGCCAUGGAGCUGAUGGAGUCAAGGAAAGAAUGUGAGUUGAGAGAGGUGCUACUGUGUCUAAAAUAUCAAUGAGGGACAUGCUG